UUCUAUUUGUCUUCCCGUGUGAGUUGUGAUUCCGAUUUACAUGGUUAGUUUCAGUCUUCUUCUACGCCUGUGAAGUUUCAUUUUUGUCUUUCUUUUAUGGUUGUGAGUUGUGACAACGCUAGGCAAAAUCACAAUCACUAUAUGCCCUUGUCCCUUUUUUUCACUUCUUAGCAAUUGCUUCUUUUCGCUUACAUUCUUUCUUUAACGCUAAGAUUGGGUGUUCUGUCAAAAUCUUUCACCCCUAGAUGCAGACUCUGGGUCGUUUUUGUCUGUUGUUUGUUACUUACUCUGUUCUCGAGUUGUACCACAGGUUUCUUCGGAUUUUUCUGGGGUUGUUUGUUAUGGAUUUUUCUUCCACUUUGAAGUUCUUUGCUCAGGUCAGUGAGAUUGGAUGUGGGUUUUUGCUUCUCGGGUCCUUCUCUCGGGUGUUCAAUGUUUUUGGGAUGAUUUUGAUUUUCGGGUUCUGUAUGAAGAUCCUACAUCUCGGUUGGCAUUCUGGGGGUUUGAUUCGCUAUCUUUUUGAAUUCGGAGGAAAAACCAGAAAUCGAUUUCCUCUGGAAAAUAGCGUUGGUGAGGAAUUUGACUCUAAGAUUCUGUCUCUCAAGUGUAGCCCAUUGAAAUCCUCUCAGAAUCCAAACUCAUCGAACAAAAGCAACUUUUGCGUUGGGGAAGAUAAAGAUAAUCUUAACGGCGAUGUUAGUCCCACGGGUUUUGGGGAAGAGAAGGGUGAUCAUGAUAAAGAAGUUCUUGAUGAAGAUGAUGUGUUCGACGUAAUGAUUCUGAGGAAGUUGGUGAAGAUUGAAAGGCAGCGAGCAAUUACAGCCUAUGCAGAACUUGAAAAGGAAAGAACAGCAUCAUCCUCAGCAGCAGAUGAAGCUAUGGCCAUGAUUCUUCGUCUUCAGAGUGAGAAGAGUUCAGUGGAGAUCCAAUCCAAUCAAUACCGUAGAGUGGUUGAGCAGAAACAAGAGUAUGAUCAAAAUGUCAUUGAAUCACUGCGUUUGAUCAUUAAGGAACAGGAAUCCGAGAGGGUUCUGUCACAAGAUCGAUUGAGGAUUUAUAGGGAGAAACUGAGCCAACUUAUAAGUGAAGAUGAAAUAGAUCAACUGGACAGGAUCCAUGACUGUGGGGACUUUUUGGAUCUUUCUGCUGAGGAUGGUGAUGAUGAUCCAAAUGGUUCAGAUUCACUAAUUAGCUCUCUUGAAAUGGAUUCACAGGAAGACAUUGUAAGUUCUGAACGUUGCUAAUUUGCUCUGCAGAAACGCUUUCACGCGUGUUUUUCCCCUUCUAAUACGCUUUUGUUUCAAAAUUGUAUAUUUGUAAUUAACUUGUUAUCCAUAAAUCUAAUUUUAAUAAUAUCAAAGGCUGAUACACACGUGUAUAGUCUCUUCUCUUA